AUGGACUCACAAGAUGUCAAACUCGAUGCAAAACUCAGCAUCCUCCGGGACCGUGUCCCCAGCACAUUACUCCACACUUUCCAUGUCAUAGACGAGCAAAACAGGGUUCAAAAAGCCUUUGAGCUGUGUCGCUCAGGCAAGUUUGAUCUAUCCCAUGCCAGCCUGACAAGCCGUCCGCUUCGUGUCGUUCUUGAUGAUCUUCUACAGACCAACUCAGACCUUGCCAAAGCAAUCAUGGCACCGCAGAAGUGCCCAAACAGUGUUGCCCCAGAUCCUAGUCCCAUUGAACAUGAAGGCGAGUUCACGGAUGCUGCGGAAGAUGAUGUAGAAGUCAAGAUUGAAGACAUAAUCAAACAUAUGGAUGGAGCAGCGGUUCCCGAUGGCCUCGAGGCAGUUCAAGGCAGUCUCCAGACAGCUUCAACCUGUGCUGAGGAGGCUGAAAUUGAGGAGCUUGGCAACAUCUCCACACUCCCUGUGCCUAUUCAUGGGCAGGAACUUGGCCAUGGAAUGCGAGCAAGGCGCACAAGAAACUUGGAAGACCAAAUGAAAAUUUUCCUUUUUUGA